AUGCCUUCCCUCGCCCCAGACGGCACAUCCAAAGUGGAAGACGAUGACCAUGUCUCCGAUCCAGAGGCAGAGGACGUACCAGUCAACAAGAUCACCAGCUUCAACGGCAAGCUCAACCAAUUCAUUCAUGGCAGCAGUGCCCCAUAUAUAAUUGGAGAUCUCCCCUCCAAACAAGAUGGCGAACUGAAGCGCAGACUGGCGGGUGCCGAGUCGGAGGAUGGCAUCACCAGUGGCAGUGCCGAGACUGACAGGUCAACGCCCAAUUCGAAACGGAGGAGGGCGACAACAAAACCACCCAUGUCUCUCUUGAGUCAGCCACCGCGUCUCACUCGAUCACGCUCCAGCACCUCGAAUACACACUCUCCACCCUCCCCACCAAUCCCACCGAUAGUCACAUCCCCAUUAAAACCCCACGGCCGAGGCAAGCGGAAAACACCGCGCCCCGAACCACCGCAUCCUGCAUCCACAAGCACAGAAUCCCUCCUUCGCGACACCAUCCCACCAAAUCUGAUCCUGUUGUUGGUGGGCGUGAACCCAGGGCUCAUGACGGGGGUGACGGGGUACGCAUACGCCCACCCAUCGAACCUCUUCUGGAAACUGCUCUAUUCCUCUGGAAUCACAAGCACACGGCACGUGCCCUCGGACACCUACAAACUACCCGACCUUUACAACGUGGGCAACACGAACAUCGUGGAGCGGCCCACCCGCGACGCGAGCAUGCUCCGGCGCGCCGAGAUGGACGCGGGCGUGCCCAUCCUCGAAGCCAAAGUGGCGGCGCAGCGGCCCGAGGCUGUGGGCCUGGUCGGCAAGAGCAUCUGGGAGGCUGUCUGGCGGGUGCGCCAUGGGCGGGCCAUUCGCAAGGAGGAGUUCCGGUAUGGCUGGCAGCCAGCUGCCGAGAAUAUGGGCCGCACGCCGGGCGGUGACUGGGCCGGGGCCCCCGUGUUUGUAGCGACGACGACCAGCGGGCUUGCGGCUGGGAUGAGCCCUGCGGAGAAAGAGGCUGUGUGGGCGGAGCUUGGUCGGUGGGUGGUUCAGCGCAGGGCGGAGCGCGCACUGGCUUUGUCGGAAGUGUAG